AUUAGCUCUUAUCUUUAUCACUGCUACCCGAUCAUCUUUCUGCUUCUUCGGUUCUCUUUUAUCAUCGUUUAAUAUUUCUGGGACUCUUGGUCGUCAAAGAGACCAUCGCAAUCUGCUCCAGUUUCAAAGACUCGGAUCGAGGUGUGACUGAAAAUUCAAAUAGAAGCUAGCAAAAUUUGAAGCGAUUUCUUGAUGGGUUCUUUUUGUUCCUGCUUUAAUGCGGACGAUCCUUUGGAUAACACGCACAAUGCUAACAAUGCCAACAAUGAUAACCGAAUCAUCCCUAACUUGUACAACAAGGUUGGGUUCGGCAAUGAGGAAACACAUUCAUCUACUCAAGUAGCACCGAAUGCUGUUAUUAUGGAACAUGGAAAUACACAAUCUGGGACUGGCACGGAUGCUGCUACUAAUACUACUAUUCAAUCCCUUCCUGGUCCUUUGCUUAUCGAAAAGAAGAUUGGAGGACACCGGUUUCUCUAUCCUUCCACCAUGGAAGAGGAAGAAUGUCCUACAUGUCUUGAAGAAUACACACCUGAAAAUCCAAAGAUAACAGCAAAGUGUUCUCACCAUUUCCACCUUGCUUGUAUAUAUGAAUGGUUGGAGAGAAACCAAACAUGUCCAGUUUGCAGCCAGGUGAUGUCAUUUAAUGAUCUCUGAGAUCACACAGCAACUGCAACAGGCAACAGCUACCAAAGUAGAGACAGUCGUAUAUAAACGCAGAAGAGGAUUGGUUAAGCAAUCAAAAUUCUAAGGAUUAAGAAGCCUUUUGAAUGAUCUCUAUAUGUUCCAUUUCUUCAGAAAGAGUGAAGCUGUAAAUACAAUAAU